UUGACCCUGGCCCUCAGCCUCUUCUGCUUUUCCUCCCGGUGUGGAAUUUGGCCCUCUCUUCCGCCUUGCGAGAGCCAAUGGCAUCUGGCGUGGAGCUCCUUCGCUUUCAGCUGCCUGGCCACGAGGCAGCCACCCUGCGCAACAUGAAUCAGCUGCGCUUUGAGGAGCGUUUCUGUGACGUCACCAUCGUGGCGGACAGCCUCAAGUUCCGGGGCCACAAAGUCAUCCUAGCGGCCUGCUCCCCCUUCCUUAGAGACCAGUUCCUGCUCAACCCUUCCUCCGAACUCCAGGUUUCCCUCAUGCACAGUGCCAAGAUCGUAGCCGACCUUCUUCUCUCUUGUUACACCGGCGCGCUAGAAUUUGCCGUCAGGGACAUUGUGAACUAUCUGACAGCUGCCAGCUACCUACAGAUGGAGCACGUGGUGGAAAAAUGUCGAAAUGCCCUGUCCCAGUUCAUCGAACCCAAGAUCAACCUCAAGGAAGAGACGGCCAAAUUUGGAGGCUACCGGAGAUUCAAGUCUUCCAGCGUAGUGGGCUGCUCCACCUCGUCCAACAAAGUGCACUCACGCAAGAGGUCCAUUCAGCGGCCUGUUAAACUAGAGUUCCCAUUGGAAGAAGAGUUGGAGAUGAAGGCGGAAGAGGAAGAGGAGGAGCAAGAGGAGGAUUAUGGGUAUGAAGAUUCUGUCUCUGAUAUUUGCAUUGUGAAGAUUGAAUCAGCCAUGGAAGUGGCCCAGCGGCAGAAGAAGCAGCAGCAGCAGCAACAGCAGCAGAUGGGCACCAGCUGGAGCAAAGAUGCAUCUCCCCAGCAAAGUUGGAACAAGGAAAGUUCACCACAAGCUUGGGACAAAGAAUUAUCUCCUCCAGCAGGGUGGAACAAAGCUGAAUCUGGAGACCAGGAAGAGCCUCAAGUCAACUCUACAGUGGCAGAAGGCAUUGAGUCUUCUCCAGAAUCUACACCAGAGAAACCUCAGCAUGGUGUGGUAAAGGCCUCCUACAGCCUCUCUGAGGAUGCUGUAGGUAAAGGCCUCCUGAUCAUCCCUGGAGGAGGCUACUUGGAGGAGACCAGUGAGGCAGCAGCUGUUGCUGCUGAGUGCCAGAGCAGCAGCGGUGGGAUGGGACUGGUACUUGCAGGACUGAGUGGUCGUCCCUUCUCCACCUUUCCUGUGGUAGGGAGAGGUAGCAGUUCAGGAACACUAGGGGGAGGUAGCGGGAUCUCAAGAAUCAUCUGUUGCACCAAGUGUGAGGAGGUCUUCCAGGGGGUGGAGAAGCUUGUCUUCCAUAUGCGGGCCCAUCACUUCAUUUUCAUGUGCCCUCGGUGCGGCAAGCAGUUCAACCACAGCAGCAACCUCAACCGGCAUAUGAAUGUUCACCGUGGGGUGAAAUCACAUUCCUGCACCAUCUGCGGGAAGUGCUUCACUCAGAAGUCCACGCUCCAUGAUCACAUGAACCUCCAUAGUGGUGAGAGGCCAUACCGCUGCUCUUACUGCGAUGUGCGCUUUGCCCACAAGCCUGCAAUUCGCCGCCACCUCAAGGAACAGCACGGCAAAACUACAGCUGAGAACGUCAUGGAAGCCAGCGUGACCGAGAUCAAUGUCCUCAUACGUUGAAGGAGGAAGAAGGGGUAGCGGUGGGAAAUGGAAAGGGGGACGCCUGAGCUCUGAGGGAGGGACGCGGGCUAUAGGGAUUAGAUGUAGGGGUAACGAGCCAGGAUCCCUGAGUUUUGUGGGAUAGGAUUAGUGCUAGUGUGCUAGAGGGGUGGAAGCCCUGGAUUCUUUGGAUGGGUGUGGGAAGCGGCUAGUGGAUUAGCAGAGUAGACUGUACCAUGAAGGGAAGUUCCUGGAUAGUCUGGGAAGUGAGAGGGAUCUAAUUAGUUGGAAUAGAAAGUGGUAGGAGAGGGGAUUCCUGGGAUCUGUCCUCAUCCUGCGCAGGACCCUUAUGCCCCAUUAUCAAAAACGGCUACCUCUUUUACAGCCCAACCCCAUCCAGUGUUCGCUUAGAAGUCCUAUGGGAGUGGGUGGGGCUGCCUUCCAAGUAGGCGUGGUAGGAUUGUGGCUUUGGGUUGUCUGAGGAGGGGAAUCUCACUUGAGAUACCUCCUCCUCCCCUGAAGUGACAUGGAUGAGACCUUGCUCCAUCUCAGCCAAAGAAACGGGGGGGAAAACCUUAAGCAGUAUGGCGUAGAGGGGAUUGAUCUCCACCAGCAUACGAUACAGUUAUUAAAUGCUGCCAGCCGUCUGUUGCCUUGGACCUUCUCUCUGAUCUUCUUGUCAUCACUCAGCCACAAGAACAGGUCAACGAAGACCCUAUAGACGAGGCUUUAGGACAUCCGAAGCCUUUGAGAACCUAAAACAGUGGAAGGAAAGUUGGCAGCCACCUAAACUUCAUGGGUGACCCUUGCUGAGGGUGAAGUCAUUUGGGCAAAGAAAGUCUCUACUGUGAUGUUUGAGAGAACAGCCCACUAGUGCAAUUUUAUCCAGAUAUAAAAAAGGCAAUAAUUCUACAGGAAGCGGCAGAGGAGCGAAGGGAUAAACAGGCUGGUCUGUCCCAAGGGAUCUGCUGGAGAAAGUAGCAGGGCUGGUUGUCUUCUGCUCCUCCUCCGUAGUUGCAUCACAGAAGUGCAGCCUUCAUCCCCCUGCGACAUUUUGGGAAGAACAGCCGAUACACAGGAAGUUCAUUGUCCGCGUGGCUGUGAAUAUAAGCUUAGAAUAUGGUAGUCAAGAUGAGGAGCAGGCCUUCGCAGGUCUCAGUGGCCCCUUCUGCCGGCCAACAGAAGCAAAACGAGAGAGAGAGCUCUCUGGGCAACUUGUGGUUGUCACAUGAUUUGGCGUUUCUAGGCACAAGGCAUCGAUUUAUGGAGGAAGCAG